AUGGGUUCAAUCAGAGACCCGCCGACGAUGCCACUCGCCGCGUAUCUCUGGCGGAGGAUCCGUCAAUUAGGCGUCCAGAGUGUAAUGGGUGUUCCAGGCGACAUGAACCUGGAGCUACUCGAUUACAUUGACAGCGUUGACGGACUAUCGUGGGUCGGCAACGCAAACGAGCUCAACGCCGCAUACGCAGCGGACGGAUAUAGCCGUGUAAAAGGAUGCCCCGGCGUGCUGGUAACAACAAUGGGCGUCGGCGAACUCAGUGCAAUAAACGGGGUCGCGGGCGCAUACACGGAGAACGUCAAGCUGAUUCAUAUUGUGGGCACGACGGGGACGAGGGCCCAGAAGGCGCGCGCUAUGAUCCAUCAUUGUCUGGGGGUGGAUCCGGAUCAUCGGGUAUACGCCAGGAUGUCAGAGUCUGUGCGUGUUGCGCAUUGUUGGCUCGAUGAUUCGAGGACGGCGCCAGGGGAGGUUGAUAGGGUCAUCCGUGAGUGCUACAUCCACAGCCGCCCAGUCUAUAUCUUCGUCCCCAUGGACUUCGUACACGUCCCUGUCCCCGCCGCCCUACUCAACAGCCCCAUCAAUCUGGAACCGAAAACCGAUUCCGAAGCAUGCAUAUCCGCCAUCAACGCCGUCAUUGAGAAACUCGAAAAAUCCUCUGCACCAGCUAUCAUCGUUGACGCCCUCGUGCACAGAUUUGGUGCGACGGGUAUCAUGAACACGCUCCUCGAACAGCUGCAGAUUCCGACCUUUACGACGCCGAUGGGUAAGUCAAUCGUCUGUGAGGAUAAACCGUACUUUUAUGGCGUGUAUAAUGGGCAGGUAUCGCUUCCUGGUGUCGCAGAUGCGAUCGAGAAGGAGAGUGAUCUGGUCAUUGACGUGGGGUUUGUGCACUCGGACUCGAAUACGGGGGGGCAUUCAAGAAACAUGCCUAGUACGGACCAGUGUAUACUUGUUGCGGCGGACUAUGUCCAGGUUGGGCAUGCGAGGUACGAGAGUGUUUAUCUAGUCGAGUUUCUCACACGCCUCUCCUCAUCCCUCACCACCUCCCCCGUCUCGCACCCCACAAGCCACAAACGACGCACCCCAACCCUCCCACGACCCCCAGUCCCAUCCGACGCGGAUAGCAGACACAUAACGCAAUCAUGGAUCUGGAAGCGCAUAGGCUCCAUGGCCCGACCAGGCGACAUCAUAAUCGGCGAGUCCGGGACCGCCCAGUUCGGAUUCUCGGAUGCGACGUUUGCCGCCGGCGUGCGGUAUAUCACGCAGAUUUAUUUUGGGAGUAUCGGGUAUUCGGUCCCGGCGGGGUUUGGGGCGGCGGUUGCGCAGGGCGAGAUGCAAAAUGAGGGUGGGAGGAAGGGGAGGACGAUUCUUGUCGUCGGGGAUGGGAGUCUGCAGUUGACGGUGCAGGAGAUUGGGACUAUGAUCAAGAUGGGGCUGCGGAAUGUGAUUAUCAUGGUCAUCAACAACAGCGGCUACACGAUCGAGCGCGCAAUCCACGGGCCAGAGCAAGGCUACAACGACAUUGCCCCUUGGAACCACCAACUCCUCCUGAGCGCAUUUGGCUCGAAGAGCGGCGAGGUGAAUAGUCGGGUUGUCGAUACGAAGGAGGGCUUCGAAGAGGUGGUCCUGUCGCCCGAGUACACGGACCUCGACUCGAUCCAGCUGCUGGAGGUUAUGAUGGAUAGGAUGGAUGUGCCGUGGCGGCUGCAGGCGCAGAUUGAUCUGAUAAAUGAGCGUAACACGAGAAUGAAGAUGGUUGAGAGUGGAAGAUAGAGAGAUCGAGCGGCUUUACCCUCAAACAGACCUCUCGGGACUCAGUCUAAACUCGUGCGUUCAUUAAUCCAAAUCCUUGGUUUUGUCUUUUCUUUUCCUUCCGGUCAUGCUCAUUCAUAUGUUCUGCGCUAGAGGUAACAAACAAGGGCUUGAGGUUGGAGGCUAAGAGGGGCUGGAUAUAUCCCCACGACCUUUCUGAUUUAAAUAUUCAGGAGAAAAACUAAAGAUGGGCUCACUAUUAUCUAGUCUUACAUUCGAAUAUCUUUGAUGCCUCUAUAUCCUCUGCGCUUUUUAC